AUGGAUGCAAAUGAAGCUAGCAUUUUAGAAAGUGACCAGGAUUCUUUUGACGAGUUUUUGCAGCAAAACCAGGAUUCAACCCACCUCCUUAACUCGUCAAUUAGAGAAAUUCAACCCUUCCUUUUGUCCAAGUGUCCGGGAAAAUUGAACUCUGAGGGGCAUGUCAACUUUGCCUUGAAUCUUUUCAAAAACUCGCUGCCCUUCGCCUCGAUUGCAUUAGACACUAGCAGACCGUGGCUGCUAUAUUGGUCGCUGUCAAUUUUAACGCUUUUAAAGAUGCCAAUUCCUGAUAAUUUGCCGUUUCUUUUAUUGCUUAGGUGUUUGUCUCAACUACACAACGAAUAUUAUAUCGAGCAAGAGGGCGCAUAUGGAGGCUCCUCUUCUUGCUCCUCCUCACACAUUCUAACAACCUUUGCUUCGCUGUGCUCACUUGCUCUGAUAGGCGGUCCAGACGAUUGGUCCAAAAUCAACACCCAGAAUCUACUUGCAUGGCUUUCUCGGCUAUUUUCACCAGAAAAAGGAGUAUUUUCUGUUCAUCUUGAUGGCGGUGAGUCUGAUCUCCGUUCGGUGUAUGCGGCAAUUGCAAUCAUCCAUUUGCUUGGAUUGGAAAAGGAAUUUUUCCACGACCCCUGUUCGCUUGAGAGGAUCCAGCAGUCCAUAAUUUCGGCCCAGUCGUACGAAGGUGGUUUCGGUGCCAUACCAUGGAGCCAUACCGAAGCCCAUGGCGGGUAUACAUACUGUGGACUAGCUGCUCUUGUAAUCAUAGACAGAUGGACACUGUCAUCCGCGUCAAUCGACACAUUGUUGCCCGAAUCAAAAAUGACGCGUUUACUGGCCUGGACUUGUGGUCUGCAAUCUACCCUUCUUGGUGGUUUGCAAGGGAGAACUGGCAAGCUUGUCGAUGCUUGUUAUUCAUUCUGGGUUGGAGCCAUUCCCUUACUGCUAAACCGCCCCACAAAGGAGUAUAUCGAUGUUGGGUUACUGAGGAAUUACCUCCUCAAGGCCUGUCAAUGUUCGAGCGGAGGAAUCAGGGACAAGCCUCCAAAGUAG